UACAUUUUUCACAAAAUUUGGGAAAUAAAAUGUACGCUUGCUGCUCUACAGUAACUUUGGAACAGGACCUCAACAAAAAAAUGCAUAUCUGGAUGCUGCAGACAAUUGCAUUUGCUUUAACAUCACUAGUCCUUUCGUGGGCAGAAAGCAUCGAGUAUUAUGGGGAAAUCUGUGAUAAUGCAUGUCCUUGUGAGGAGAAGGACAGCAUCUUAACAGUGAGCUGUGAAAACAGAGGGAUCAUCAGCCUUUUUGAGAUCAGUCCACCAAGGUUCCCUGUCUACCACCUCUUGUUGUCUGGGAACCUUUUGAACAGGCUGUACCCAAACCAGUUUGUCAAUUACACAGGGGCUUCAAUUUUGCAUCUGGGGAGCAAUGACAUACAAGACAUCGAAACAGGGGCCUUUCAUGGUCUCAGAGGUUUAAGGAGGCUGCACUUGAACAAUAACAAGCUGGAACUUUUACGAGAUGACACUUUUCUUGGGCUAGAGAGUUUGGAAUACCUACAGGUCGAUUAUAAUUAUAUUAGCAUCAUUGAACCCAAUGCCUUCAGCAAACUGCAUUUGCUGCAGGUGCUGAUUCUCAAUGAUAACCUCCUCUCCAGUUUGCCCAACAACCUUUUCCGUUUUGUGCCCUUAACUCACCUGGACCUAAGGGGUAACCGGCUGAAGUUGUUGCCCUAUGUGGGCCUUUUGCAGCACAUGGAUAAAGUGGUGGAGCUGCAGCUGGAGGAAAACCCCUGGAACUGCUCCUGUGAGUUGAUUGCUCUAAAGGAUUGGCUGGACAGCAUCUCCUACUCUGCUCUGGUGGGAGAUGUGGUUUGUGAGACACCUUUUCGCUUACAUGGUCGAGAUUUGGAUGAAGUCUCCAAGCAGGAGCUUUGCCCCAGGAGACUCAUCUCGGAUUAUGAAAUGAGACCGCAGACACCAUUGAGCACCACAGGUUAUUUCCACACUACCCCGGCUUCAGUCAACUCUGUGGCCACUUCUUCUUCAGCUGUUUACAAAUCCCCUUUGAAGCCCCCCAAAGGGACACGCCAACCCAACAAGACAAGGGUGCGCCCCACCUCCCGCCUGCCCUCCAAAGACCUGGGAUACAGCAACUAUGGCCCCAGCAUUGCCUACCAGACCAAAUCACCAGUGCCUUUGGAGUGCCCUACUGCCUGCACUUGCAACUUGCAGAUUUCUGACCUGGGCCUCAAUGUCAAUUGUCAGGAGAGGAAGAUUGAGAGCAUUUCUGAACUGCAGCCCAAACCUUAUAAUCCUAAGAAGAUGUAUCUGACGGAAAACUACAUUGCUCUAGUACGUAGAGCAGAUUUUGUGGAUGCUACUGGGCUGGAUUUGCUGCACCUGGGCAAUAAUCGGAUCUCGGUCAUUCAGGACCGGGCUUUUGGGGAUUUAACUAAUUUGCGAAGGCUGUACCUGAAUGGGAACCGUAUUGAGCGGCUGAGCCCAGAGUUGUUCUAUGGGCUGCAAAGCCUGCAGUACCUCUUCCUGCAGUACAAUGUCAUCCGGGAGAUAGAGGCAGGCACCUUUGAACCUGUCCCCAACCUUCAGCUCUUGUUUUUGAACAACAAUCUGCUGAGGUCUUUGCCAGGGAACAUUUUUUCUGGUCUGUCUCUCUACAGGCUGAGCCUGCGGAGCAACCACUUCUCUUACCUGCCAGUGAGUGGGGUGCUGGACCAGCUGAAAUCCCUGCUGCAGAUCGACCUGCACGAGAACCCCUGGGACUGCACCUGCGACGUGGUGGGCAUGAAGCUGUGGCUGGAGCAGCUCAACACCGGCGUCUUGGUGGACCAGGUUAUCUGCGAGUCCCCUAAGAAGUUUGCCCAGAGCGACAUGCGGGCCGUCCGGGCGGAGCUGCUGUGCCCCGACUACUCGGACAUCGUUGUCUCCACGCCCACGCCGUCCCCGGGACAGCUGCCGGCCAGGACCACCCCCUCGUCCUCCACCGUGCGCCUCAACGGCACGGCGGGGGGCGGCGCUGGCGGCGGCAACUCGUCGGUGCCGCUCUCGGUGCUCAUCCUCAGCCUGCUGCUGGUCUUCAUCAUGUCGGUCUUCGUGGCGGCAGGGCUUUUCGUCUUGGUGAUGAAGCGGCGCAAGAAAGGCCAGGGUGAUCACGCCAGCGCCAACAACUCCGACGUGAGCUCCUUCAACAUGCAGUACAGCGUCUACAGCGGCGGCCACCACCACCACCACCCGCACCUCCAGCAGCACCCUCCUCACCGGGGCGGCGGCGGGGUGGGCGGCGGCGGGGGGGGCGCGGCGCUGCCCAAAGUGAAGACCCCCGCUGGCCACGUCUACGAGUACAUCCCGCACCCCCUGGGCCACAUGUGCAAAAACCCCAUCUACCGCUCCCGGGAGGGCAACGCGGGCGAGGAUUACAAAGACCUCCACGAGCUCAAGGUCACCUACAGCAGCCACCCCCUGCAGCCCGGGGGGGGCGCCCCCCCACCCCCGCCGCCGCCGGCGUCCGGCGGGGAGGAUGCGCCCGUGCGCAGCCCCGCGUACAGCGUGAGCACUAUUGAGCCGCGGGAGGAGCUGCUCUCCCCGGUGCAAGACGCCGAUCGCUUUUACAGGGGCAUUUUGGAGCCCGAUAAACACUCCUCCUCCUCCACGCUGGGCACAACCGGCUCCACCCUCCCCGACUACCCCAAGCUCCCCGCCACCUACACCUACUCCCCCAAUUAUGACCUUAGGCGUGCCCACCAGUACUCGCACCCGGGGCCGGGGGACAGCAGGCUCCGGGAGGCAGUGCUCUACAGCCCCCCGAGUACUGUCUUUGUAGAGCCCAACAGGAACGAGUACUUGGAGCUAAAAGCAAAACUAAACGCAGAGCCGGACUACCUCGAAGUGCUGGAAAAACAGACCACAUUCAGCCAGUUCUGA